AUGAGCAGCAGCCUUACGGCCAGCGCCGGCCCCGGGCUGCUCUGCAGCGUUUCCGCAGUGAACGCUCCACUCCGAAUGCCGGUUGGCUCCCUGCCAGCCAAUCAGCGGGGAACCCCGGGCCCGUCAGCCAAUGGCCGCCCGCCUCCCCGCGCCGGGCCGCGACGGUUGGCGCUGAGCUCCCGCAGCCCGCGGGAGGCGGGGGCGGAUUGGCGCAGGCGGCGUCCAAUGGGCGGCGAGCGCCGGCGUGACGACGCCCGCUGCGUGCGGCUGAGCGCCGAGCCCCGGGCGCUGCUGGCCGACGUGGACACGCUGCUGUUCGACUGCGACGGCGUGUUGUGGCGCGGCGAGACGGCCGUGCCGGGCGCGCCCGAGGCCCUGUCGGCACUGCGGGCCCGCGGCAAGCGCCUGGGCUUCAUCACCAACAACAGCAGCAAGACCCGCGAGGCCUACGCCGAGAAGCUGCGGCGCCUGGGCUUCGGCGGCCCGGCGGGGCCCGGCGCCGGCCUCGAGGUCUUCGGCACGGCCUACUGCACCGCGCUCUACCUGCGCCAGCGCCUGGCGGGCGCGCCGGCCCCCAAGGCCUACGUGCUGGGCAGCGAAGCCCUGGCCGCCGAGCUGGGGGCCGUGGGCGUCGCCUGCGUGGGCGUGGGGCCCGAGCCGCUGCAGGGCGACGGCCCCGGCGCCUGGCUGGACGCGCCGCUGGAUCCCGACGUGCGCGCCGUCGUGGUGGGCUUCGACCCGCACUUCAGCUACAUGAAGCUCACCAAGGCGGUGCGCUACCUGCAGCAGCCCGGCUGCCUGCUCGUGGGCACCAACAUGGACAACCGGCUCCCGCUGGAGAACGGCCGCUUCAUCGCGGGUACCGGCUGCCUGGUCCGAGCCGUGGAGAUGGCCGCCCAGCGCCAGGCCGACAUCAUCGGGAAGCCGAGCCGCUUCAUCUUCGACUGCGUGUCCCAGGAGUACGGCAUCAACCCGGAGCGCACCGUCAUGGUGGGAGACCGCCUGGACACGGACAUCCUCCUGGGCGUCACCUGUGGCCUGAAGACCAUCCUGACCCUCACCGGAGUUUCCACUCUAGGGGAUGUGAAGAGUAAUCAGGAAAGUGACUGUAUGUCUAAGAAGAAAAUGGUCCCUGACUUCUAUGUUGACAGCAUAGCUGACCUUUUGCCUGCCCUUCAAGGUUAAAGAUUUAGUGUCUUUAAUCUCCAGAAUAAAACGAAUUGAAAACCA